AUGGCCAGCGUGCUUGGGGUGCUGGCCAAUGAAACGGCAGUGGCACUGCAACGUACUGAAGACACCCUGAGGCGGACGACAAUUGAGCUGAUGGUUGUCAGGAUGAUCGCCCUGCAGAAUCGAAUGGCUGCUCACAUUGGAGACUCAGUGGCUAAAAUUCAAAAAACGAGGGACCAGCUCCUCCAGCACAACACCUCAUGGGGAUUCACCCUGCUUCAUCCCAGGCCGAGGAACUGUGGAACAGCGCUGGAGAGCCCGUUGUAUCCAAAAGUAUCAGUCAAUCUUGGUCCUGAAUAUACUCACAGCCUGAACUUCCACAGCUCCCCUGAUCAGCAUAGUACAGCAGUCGGAAACAGUCAGGAGGAGAACAGUUACCCUGGGCAUGCUGAGUCCCCUAGUUCAGGGAAAGUUCCAGAAACAAGACAACAGUCCUCAGCUAUUGGAAGAAUAGUCACCCUGACCAAGCAGAGGGCAAAGCGGACAACCUUCUUCCCAAACGGAGUCAAAGUUUGCACCACUGAGUCCAUGAAACAGAUCAUGGCCAGUCACCUGGCAUAUUACAAGUUAAAGGUUUGUCAGGAAGCCGUCUGGGAAGCAUAUCGGAUUUUCUUGGACAGAAUUCCAGAGCACAAGGAGUACCAGCAAUGGGUCAGUCUCUGUCAGCAGGAGGCUUACUAUCUGUUUCAGAUUGGCCAGAAUUUCAGUAACUCCCUGGAACAUCUCACCAUGGUUCAAAGGGAAAAAAACUUCGGAGGACUCGAGGGCUUCGGUUCAGAGGACUUCGGAGCAGCUAAGUUUUUUCUUAUUCCAGUGGAUAAUCCGCCUACUGAGACCUCUGUGCCAACCACAGAGAUCCUGUUGCCAACAGAAGCAUCAACUCCCAAUGUCGAGAUCUCAAAUGAGAUUGUGAAUGAAACUAAAAUUCCUGUUAAGUAUGUGCACGUAAUCAAUAUCGUCCCAGAACAGCCAUCGGAGCAAGUUGUGAGGUUCAGCGUGAAACUCACCAACCAAAAUUAUAGCACAGUGCUAAGUGACCCCAGAACACUGGAGUACCGGGAACUUACUCGAAGGUUUGAGAUUCAGAUGCAGAAUCUGUUUGAAAUCCUCCCAGGAUUCAAAGGUGUUCGGAUGUUAGGAUUCAGUGCGGACAGUCAUUUGAUUUACUUUGCUGCGAUCUUUGAUAGAAGGGUUGCCGCGCCCAGUGACAUUCUCAGUGCUGUCCUAAAUAUCGGUUCCAACAAAGUGGAGAAUGGAGACAUGCUAUUUGAACCGCAAGAGGAGAUCCCGGAGGAGUUACUGGGCACCAUGGAGGUGACCAGGUUGCAGGACAUGGUUGCCAUGGCACUCUUCAAUGAUACCUCGCUCUCAAUGGAUCCAAGUUCACUUCAGUUUGCUGAAGAUACAAAGGAACUUCCUCCAAACCCUGAAGAUCUCAACCAACUGAUUCCCAACUCGGCUCCAUCUCCUCCUGAACGGGAAAAGCCUGCCACUGAAGAUUAUCCGGAGGACAGUUUUGUAGAGAGGAUUCCAGUUAUCCCUCCUGAAGGAAAACAUAUCGGAGCCAUUAAUGCGACCACAAUGGACCCUGUGGAUAGGGAUACACAGAUGCCCCCAUUCCCAACCAGUGUGCCUGGGGAUUUGCCAAGCCACCUGUCUGUGACAGAACCUUCACUCACUGUCCCAGAGCGAUCUUCAGUCGAGCCAGGGAGCACGUUGUCUGUCGACCAGGAAGGAGGGGUGACUGAAGGCACAUGGACCAGCAGUGCCGCAUUUACGGCCAUUCCCUCAGACACUGGCGGACGCAUUGUGGCAGACGAGAAGAAUACCGUAACUAUCCCAACGUCACCCAGCCCACAACAGAUCGACGAGGACGCGGCUUCCUCAACAGCACGAUAUGAACCGGCAGUGGAGACCAAAGAAAUGGUAGAGGAGGAGACCAUUAGCAGCACAACCUCCACAGAUGUACAGACUGAAAACGUGCAGCAUAGUGAUGCGUAUCUUCAGGAGGAGUGGUCUGGGGAGGGUAUUACUGCUGCCGAGGAUGUUGGGGGAACAGUAUCUUCUCCAGCUGCACCCAGGCAGGAACUGGAGGAGGUCAGUGCGGCUGAGGAAGUGGUGAGGGUCACAGGUUCUGCGACACUGUCAGAACAACCCCAUCCGGAUGAAGCUGGUGACACAGAUGGGAAGGAGGGUGACAUCACUGCGGUCAGUGUCACAGAGUCUGUAACUGCUCCUGUCAGUCAAAUGCUGCACGUGGAUGCAAACCUGGUGGAGGAGCAGACCAGACCACUGCAUCCUUAUGGACAAGAAAUCAUUGGGCAUGUGGAUGAGGAAGACAUGGAGCCUGACGUCAGUGGAAAAGUAGAGCAGCCUGGCAGAGUGGUUCAAACAGUGGUCUAUCCAAUCACUGGUGAUCGGGAAGAGGGAGCCAAUACCGUGGAGGAGGAGCAGGACACCGGGACAGUGGUCACUCUGUCCCAGCCAGUUGUUGAAGAUAAUCGGAUAGUGGGACCAGCAGGAGACAAUAGUGCCAGCACAACGACAGUGUGGACCUCUCCACCAACUGUGACCAGAGAGGACGGAGUAGAUGCAGAGAUAACAGGCGUGCCCGAAGUCCCCAGUGAUGGGAAGAGUCCUCCAGUAUCAUUAACAACGCCCGCUGGGAACAUCGCUCAAAGUUCAGGACUCCAUCUCCCACCCUCCACCCUCGACCAAUCUCCUCAGGGCGAGGGAGGGGUGACCACCGCACCACCCACGGACACUUCGUACCUCGCAGAAGGAGGGCCCGCUCCAGCCAUCCCCUCCACUGCCACAGAAGUGCGCACACACCCUGGGAACCAACCGUCGCCAUCCUGGCUGCCAUCCCCUGAGCCCAGCUCCUCUGACAACAAGAUCAGCACCACUCCUGCCAUCCCACACCCCCCCACUGCUGCUCUUCGUCCCAGCACUGCGACCGCAGGCUUUGAAACAGGAGAGGAGGACGCUGGAAGUAAAUUGGAUGCUGUGGGUACAGUCGGUGUGCUCACCACCAGCUCUCUCCAGGGAGGGCAGCCUGAAGUCACCUCCACCACACCUCCUUCCCCACUGAAGUAUUUAACAACAAGCUUAUUGACACCCGCUCCUUCCAAAGAACUGGUGGUGUUCUUCAGCUUACGGGUCACGAACAUGAUGUUUUCUGACGACCUAUUCAACAAGAGCUCCCCAGAGUACAGGACACUGGAACAGCAGUUCCUUCAGCUGUUGCUUCCAUAUCUACAGACCAACCUGACUGGGUUCAGACAGCUGGAGAUUCUGAAUUUCCGCAAUGGUAGUGUCAUUGUGAACAGCAAAAUGAAGUUUGCCAAGUCUGUUCCGUACAAUGUUACCCAGGCAGUCUACUGUGUCUUGGAAGACUUCUGUAACGCAGCGGCCCAAAGGAAUAACCUGGAAAUCGACAGAUAUUCUCUCGAUGUAGAGCCAGCUGACCAAGCCAACACGUGCAAGUUCCAGGCUUGCAAUGAAUAUUCGGAGUGUCAAGUUAACAAACUAACAAAAGAGGCCCAAUGUGUGUGCUACCCUGGUUACAUCAGCGUGGACGGACUGCCCUGCCAGAGCAUCUGCAGCCUCAGACCAAACUAUUGCCUCAACAACGGCAAAUGUGAGAUCGAUCCAGAGAAGGGAGCUGUUUGCAGAUGCCACAUAGGGUCUGACUGGUUAUACCGAGGCAAGCGCUGCACUGAGCUCGAGACCGAGCCGCUGGUUACCAUGGUUACCGUUUUGUCCAUUUUUGGUUUGCUGCUUCUUGCUUCAAUUCUGACCCUCACCUUGCCAAAGGUGUACCACCAACUGGUGAAAAACAAGAGCGAACGUUUUCUACAAGUCCGUGGCCUCGAGGGCAAGGCACGUUUUAACCCAGCCUUUGAACAGGAUGAGCCAUUGGAUGUUGGCCAUUGUCAUCCAAAUGGUUCCCUCAGACGACUGCACACCACUACUGCUGCACCAUCCCCACAGGAGUUAAAGAGAAAGCUUGAAAAUCUAAAAUGUAGCCAAGAGGCCACUGGAGUUUCCUACAAGACCAAGUCUGACCAGCUAGCAUCAAAACCUAUGCAGUGGGAGCAGCAUCCACAGCACACAGAGCUUUGGGCGUUACCAGAACCACAGGCGGACAGUGCAUCCUUCUCUCUUCUCCCAUCACAACAGAACGUGGAGCCUUCUCAUGAAGUCACUGCUUUCUGAAGAGUUCGAUCACCAAUAGCUUUAACAGUCUUGCAUUUCUGCUUUGCACAAUAGUUCAUUCACUCAUGCUUCUGUGCUCUGGUAACCACGUCAAAGCCUUGUGCUGUGGUAUAUAUACCUACUAUAUAUAUAACCUGGGGUCUGGAGAGGGGUUGUCUAAAUAAUGUUGUUGAAAGUAUAUCCAUCAGUUUGAAUUGUUUUUUUAAUUCAACACCAUGUUUUUAGAGUAGUGUUUAAGCACCCACAGUUACUGUUCCUGUUAAAGUUGUGCUGUCCUCUUCUCCACACUCGUCUCCCUCCUUUAAGCUGCUUCUCAAAACCUACCUCUGACCAAUAGUUUGGUCACGUAUCUAACAUCUCCCUACGUGGCUUGGUGUCAAACUGUGUUGAAUGAAGCGCCUCAAAGUACUUUACUACAUAAAGGCGCUCUAAGUCGUUUUUGUACACAACAUCUUAGAGCUUCUGGAAAAAUAACAGCUUCAUAAUUUAAGAAAGAAAGAAGAUUAAAAUUGCAUCUAAUACAUAGCCAGAGCUAUAGACAUUAAAUUCAAUGUUUUGUGUGUUAUUGACUUGAUAAAGCUUCAUCUUAUCUACAGAUCGCCCAUCAGGUCCACCUCUGACCCUGUGUGUUUCACCUCUAACCCAGUGUUCCCCCACCUUUGACCUUGUGUGUUUCACCUCUGACCCUGUGUGUCCUUCCACCUCUGACCCUGUGUGUCCCUCCACUUCUGACCCUGUAUGUUUCACCUCUGACCCCAUGUGUCCAUCUUACCUCUGACCUUGUGUGUUCCCCCACCUCUGACCCUGUGUGCUUCACCUCUGACCUCAUGUGUCCCUCCACCUGAACCUGCGUGUUCCCCCACAUCUGACCCUGUGUCCCUCCACCUCUGACCCGGUGUUUCCCCAUAUCUGACCCUGCAUGUUCCCCCACCUCUGACCCUGUGUGUUUCACCUCUGACCCUGUGUGUCCCUCCACCUCUGAACCUAUGUGCCCCUCCAUCUCUGACCCUGUAUGUCCCUCCACAUCUGACCCUGUGUUCCCCUACCCCUGACCCCCAUGUCCCUCCACCUCUAAGUACUGUCUCUAUCUCUUUGCUGCUGUAUCUCUGCCUUCUGAACAGUCUGUCACACCAUCUGUGGCAAGAGUUCCAGCAGUCUUUGGUCCUGCUCUCUGGGACUGACCCCCAUGCCUCCUUUAAACAUCUUCAUGAAACCUAUUUGAUAAUUUCAUUUUCCUUAAUUGCUCCCAUUUAACUGUCUUUCUUUGUGAGGCAUCUUGAGAUGUCUUUUUGGCAGCAAAGCUGUUGUGUUG